AUGCUCCCGCAGCGCGGGCAGGGGGCAGGGCGGCGGCGGCGCCUUCUCGCAUCCCGCGCCCGGCCCCGCUCACCGCGCUCCGGCACCGCCCGCCGCCGCUUCCGGGCUCUGCCGGCCCGGCCCCGACCGCCGCCGCCGCCGUCGGGAGGAGGCGGCCCGGCCCCGGCCGCCGCUAUUGGCGCCGCCGCCGCACGAACGCCUCUGCCCCGCCGCCUCCCCCGCCCCGGGCGGCUGCGGCUGCGGCUCCCUCCCGGCCCGCUCAUCCCUCCCUCCAGGCCUGCCCUGGGAAGUGCGGGUUCGCGGCACACCGAUCAGGCUCAGACCCCUCUGCCCAGGGGCUGCACGGCCUCAGGGAAUGCGAAGAGGGGAGCGCGAGGAAAUGGGCUCCUGCUGGGUGGCGGGAGCAGGAGCAGCGAGCCGAGUGUGAGCGUGUGUAUGUGCUCCCUCACGGGCAAACCACACCGUUCUCUUCAGUCACAUAUGCGGCUGGAUGGUUUCUACCUGUCACACCCUUCGAUAACAGUGCAAGUGGAGAAGAAUAUAUACGUACCAAACCAGGCAAGAGAAAAACAUGUAGAAGCUAAAAUUGUAUUAAAACCCCUUGUUUACAACACUUUCCUUGGAAAGAAAAUCUAGGGCAUCCUUUUAUGCUGUCCUUUUAUACAACAGGUUUGUAUCAUUUUAUUGCAUGUAUUCCUUGGACUCUCACACCCAUUUUUAUAAAAACGGUAAAACUACUGAUUUAUUAACUUUUUCCACUACAUUGGUGAGCAACUUUAUUUUAAUACAUGGUGGAAACAUUUAAACGCAGAAAUUUUAGUAGUUAUUCCAAAGGUGUUAUUCCAGCUUGUGUUCUCAUGCAGCAGGUUAACUUCAGUUCGAUCCUAGGGCUUAAGUUUAGAAAAGUUCUUUCCAAACCCCCUAGUGGUACUUUACCACAUCUGUAAUUUUCCUCUUAAAGCUGCCCAACUAGUGUACUCUAGUAGGGAUAAGAAAAAAAAAACAACUAUGGGCAGUCAAAACUGAUUUUUUUAUUUUUUGGUAGUAAAUACAUAUGCAUAGUCUAUAGAGUAGAUGGUAGAAACAGAACUUGAAGAAAAGCUGCUUCUUCUAUCCAGUUGUUGGGUAUCACUGUCACAUUUGUUUGUUUAUAUGCAUUUGCUGUGUUGUUGUUAAAACUCAGUCAGAAGGUAAUUUUGUCCUUCAGUCUCUAUACAUAGGACAGCGUUUCGGUAGAGCAUCCCUUCCUGAGCAGAUGUCAAGUUCCCUGUGUUCAUAGCACCGUGACCAUCUUGGCUAAAGAGCUCUUUGAGUUACUUCAAGAAGGCUUGUAAGUCUAUUUUAAUUUGUUCAGGAAGAAGAUAUAAAGUCAUAGAAUCAUAGAAGGAUUUGAGUUGGA